GUAAUAGUAUACACCAUGCAUCUUUUGCUCCCCAUACGUAUAAGCAUGUUACAUUUGUCAUAUCUGGUUGUGAUGUGGAGCACAUUAAUCAACAAAUUUGGUGUUGCUUUCAAGUAUUCCAUCUUCGGCUACUGUUCACUCCAUUGCAUAUCAGAAUACUUACUUGAUAUUACUCGGUGCACUGGACCAUCUAUGCAGCCAACGAUAUACCACAAUGACAUAAUGCUCACUGAACAUGUUAGCACACACUUCUUCCACAACAUUCACAGAAACGACAUUGUAGUACUUCGAUCACCAUACGAGCCAAACAAGUUAAUGUGCAAACGAGUUGUAAGGAUUGCUUAUGAUGAAAUGCCUUCGACAUCUUGGCCAUUCCUCAGACAGACACAGUUUGUACCUAAAGGACAUGUUUGGGUUGAAGGGGACAAUCAAACGAACUCAAAAGAUUCCAAAGAUCUAGGACCGAUACCUGUUGGUCUUUUAAGAAGUCGUGUUGUGUGUAGAAUCUGGCCCAGAGAUAGAAUUGGUUUUAUAUUAUAGUUUUAAAAAAAGCAUGCACUAAACCUUUCUCUUUUUUAACUAUCUUAUUUUUAGAUAUUUUUAAAUCUCUAUAGAAUGUGCCAAUGAGUUGACAGCAGACCAAGUGGUCAUGUAAUUAACUAUAUUGUUAAUGAGUUCACACCAUCUUUUAUACCUUAAUUGUAUUUUAAUUAGCCUAACAUAUCUCCAUCAGUGGCAGAUUCAAGGAACUCAAAAGAGGUGAGGCCUACAAAGUCAAUUUUACAGGUUCAGACUGCCUCAGCCCCAACGUGAAUUUUUUUGUCUAUAUCACUAUUAGAUGGCCAGAAAUUGCAAUCUUGGACACUUUUAGUUAUUUUCUCUCCCCCCCCCCCACCUUUUUAAUUUUCAAAAAUUUAGGGUUCCUACCCCUUGAAUCUUUGCAUGUCCAUGGAAGUAAUAACACUCUAAAUUAAAAGUGUUUAAAAUCACUUUAUUUUUGGUUUCCCAUGAUUUGAUAGUAAAGUGAAUUUAAACUAUUAUGUCAGCUGGCAUGAUAGCCACUUGAAAUAAUAUGAAUACUGUAAAAUAUGUUUUUUUAGCAAAAUUAAAAGCAAUUGAUAAUAAAAUUUAGAAUGUAAAAAUAAAAUAAAUUU